AUGAAUUAUGGUCAUGUUAGUCGAACAAUGGUGGAAUAUACUCCAGUGAUUAUUUUCUUUGCUAUACUUAUUGCUGUACCUUUGCAAUUUCUUUUAUCACCAUCGUCAUCAUCUGAUGUCAGAUAUCAUUUGCAUAAACUUAGAAAUUCAUUGUCACAUUUCUCUCGAUUAUUUUUACAUGGAGAAGAAAAAGCGGACGAAGUUAUCGAUAUAUCAGAAGAUGAGAAAGAAACUAAAUAUUUUGGAGGUUCUCUCAAACCGCGAGAUCCACGACCGCCUUAUGUAAAAUAUCGUGUUGGAGAUGUGGUUCGACAUAAAAUUCAUGGAUAUAGAGGUGUUAUUAUUGGGUGGGAUGAAAAAGCAGUUGCGCCACAAAGUUGGCUCGAUAAAACGCAUAAAGGCCGAAAAGUAAUUUUUCUGUUGUUUAUGAAUGAUUUCACUCAUCAGGAAUGGUCGGAGAUGCCCAAUUAUUCGGUUAUAAUCGACACUAGGGAUAGGCUAAUUCCACAGUUGGCUUACGUUGUUGAGGAGAAUAUUGAACUCGGUGAAGGAAGGAUAUUCCAUCCACUUGUUAAGAAUUAUUUCGAAGCAUUCGAUGGAAAACAUUAUACAUCUCGACCAUGGCAUAAGAAAGUUUAUCCCAAUGAUUAA